UAGUUGUCACUAUAAUAAGCAAUACAAGCAAAUUCAUGAUUUUUUUUUUUAAAAAAAAAUAAUAAAAAUAUCUUCUCCCAAAUCUCUUAAAUCCAACCAUAAACUUAGGCCAGGCAAUAUUUUUCAUUAUUAGCUAACUUCCAACUUGCCAAAACCAUACUUUUUCCACCUUAAAAUUAGUGGUAAAAUAGAAGAAAAAUAAACAAAAUUAUUCUUCCUUGUUUAAUUUGGAGGAUUUGGAAAGAAAAAAAAAAUGAGGGUGAAGAGGAAAUGUGAGUUAUGUAGCAAUAUUGCUACAAUAUUUUGUGAAUCGGAUCAAGCAAAUUUAUGUUAUGAAUGUGAUUCCAAAGUUCAUGGUGCUAAUUUUCUUGUUUCAAAACACUCUAGGACUCUUCUUUGUCAUAUUUGUCAAUCUCCUACACUAUGGUCCGGGUCCGGCCCGAAGUUCGGACCAACUCUCUCCGUUUGCCCGGGUUGCCUUAUUGAAAGGCAGCGUAGAGAUGUUGGUAACAAUGGUAAUGGUGGCCGUGAAGUGGCCGAUGAAGAUUACGAUGAUGAUGAUAAUGAUGAUGACGAUGACGAUGACAAUGACGACGAUGGAGACAAUGGUUAUGAAGAUGAUGAGAGUGAUGAUGGUAAUGAUGAUGUUGAUGAGGAUGAAGAUGAUGAAGAAAAUCAAGUUGUUCCAUGGUCAUAUUCAGUGUCACAUCCAGGGUAAAAUAAUAAUGUAUAGGGAGUUAAUUAGGUGAGAAUUUUAUGUAAUGUGUAAUGUGUUAUUUUCAUGUCUUCUUGGUCAACAUAGUUGAAUAACCCUCUUAUGUUUUAUUCUACUAAUAUUCUUGCUUUUGCUUCCCUUUU